ACUACCAGUGCCGGCAAUGAGCGCUCGCGUGAGUUAGAGCCGGGUAUAGACCAGUGGCCAAACUGGCCGACCGGUCGCCGCACCAGACGUACCACUCGAUGGUCGGCGUCGGGCGGAUACCGAUGUACGGAAUGCGGCCAAAAAUUUACCGAUCGACUACUGGUGUAUCAACACAUGCGGAUCGUUCACUCCAGCGAUCAGUUCCACUCGUGGACACUCACGCCCACAGUAAUGGUCACAAACAGCACUUCCAGACCAUUCAGUCAACCGGUGAACCAAACGUACCAUAAACAAACACCCGAUGCCUUACCACCAGUGCCUACAAUCGCCACCACUUCCAGCGCCGACAAUCAAUUGGUGAACAUCACUACCGAUACUGAUUCGGACUCUGAUAUCGUACUCAUUGGCAGAGUUCCGGCGCCCAAACGGCCCGCACGUAACCGAUCGCCCGUUGAUAUCAAGCCAUCGCUCAUAGACUCCAUACCUCUGGUGCCGGAAAUAGUCAACAAACCGCCCGUAGAGACCGUUACACUGACCAGAAGUGGGCGUGAGUUGGUCCGUGAAUUGGCUCCGGGUAUACGUCGGGUCAAACGGCGCACACCAUCGCCACCGGUUUUAUGGUGCAGUCACUGUGAACUAGGUUUUGAAACACGUGAUACUUAUUUCGCUCACAUGCGACCACUUCAUUGGUCAGCUCAGGCGAGGGCUGAAGCCCUUGAUUCAGUGGCUCAACCAAGGGUUCGAGCCCUUCAUUCAUCGGCUCAGCCGACGGCGCGAGCCUUUUAUAGGUCGGCUCAACCGAAGGCCCGAUCCGUACCGUGCGAUGAGUGCGAGAGAUAUUUCUACGAUAAUAAUGGCUUAAAAAUGCACAAAAUGGCUAAACAUUACAAG